AUGGGCUGGUUCUGGGCUGACACACCCGUCGCUGCCGUGCAGACUCCUGCCGGCCAUGCGCCUGUCACUGCAGGUCGCGAGCCACCACCCGGCUGCCCGAUGCAUCAGAAGUCUGCCGACGCCUUGACACCUUCCAAGCCCCGAUCAGGAGCAGCGCCAGCGUCGUCUGGCGGGUGUCCCGUACCCCACGCAUCGAAAGAGAAGGAGUCCAAGUCGAUACUGUCACAACUGAACCCUCUGAACUACAUGUUCCCCGAUCUCUCGCAGGAGCGCGCCAAGGACCAGACGUACGCCCUCCCGACCUCGCGUGAACCGAGCACCAUCCCCAGGGGCUCGGGUGACGGCAACUGGGAAUACCCCUCCCCGCAGCAAAUGUACAAUGCGCUGCUACGAAAAGGCUACGAGGACACGGACAUUACGGCCGUCGAGUCCAUGGUGUCCGUGCACAACUUUCUGAACGAGGGCGCGUGGAAGGAGAUUCUGGGCUGGGAGAACCGAUUCGCCCGGGGUCUCUACAAGGGGUGGCAGAUCUGCAAGCGCGGCGAGGAGCACUACGAGGAGGAGCUCGACCGGCACUGGGACGGCACCGACCUCGAGCCGUCUCUCGUCCGUUUCCAGGGCCGCCCCAAGGAGCUGACGCCCAAGGCGACCAUGCUCCAGGUCAUGGGCUGGAUGUACCCUUCCAAGUUUGGCACGGAGCCCCCGUUUGACCGGCACGACUGGUACGUGGCGCGCGAGCAGAACGGCGAGCGCAAGGAGAUUCGAUACAUCAUCGACUACUACGCUGGCGAGGACGACCCCGAGGGCGAGCCCGUCUUCUUCCUUGACGUGAGGCCCGCGGCCACAUUGCAGGGCUCGGCUGAGCGCAUCAUCCGGUGGAGCAGCGAUGUCUGGUGGAAGGCGAUUGGGGGCGACGAGAGGGAGAGGAAUCCGCGGAGUAUCCUGUCCCUGCCGGGGAAAGACUGA